CCGCAAUCUGCUCCUGGCAUCGACCAGCUAACUCAGCAAUUCAAUGAUGUUAAUCUCUAUGGCUCUGCUCAACAGUCAUACCCUCCAGUUGGUGCAAAUCCCAACAUGGGAAUGGGAAUGGGAAUGAACAUGGGUGCAAAUCCCAACAUGCAACUAUCUUCUCACGCAGCUGCAGUCUUACCAAUGAAUCAAUUAUACACAACUGAUUUAUUAAACGAUUUCCCUCCCCCAAUAAAGGACUUAUCUUUACCACCACCUCCUGUUAUCUUACCCAACGAUGCCACUUUAUCUCAAAGACCGGAAUCAAAUGCUUCACCUGACUACUUCCGUUGCACUCUUAAUACGAUACCAACAACAAACAGUUUAUUAAAAAGAUCCAAACUACCUCUCGGUGUGGUCAUUAGACCCUAUACAACAUUACAUGAAUCGGAAAACCCAGUCCCUGUUGUCAAAGAUACUGUGAUUGCAAGAUGUCGCCGUUGCCGUGCUUAUAUUAAUCCAUUUGUCCAAUUUGUUCAAAGUGAUAGAAGAUGGCGUUGUAACUUAUGUGCUUUGCAAAACGAUGUUCCUUCUGCCUUUGAUAACAUGGAGAAUGGAAGAACAAGAUAUGACAGAGAAGAAUUAAACUACGCCGUUGUCGAUUUUGUUGCUCCUUCCCAAUACAUGGUAAGAUCUCCUGAACCCUUAGUAUAUGUCUUUAUUAUCGAAGUUUCCGUUAUUGCUGUUAAAAAUGGAAUGCUAGCUACUGUUGCAAGAACCAUUUUAGAGUCUUUAGAUAGAAUCCCAAAUGAUAAAGGUCUAACAAGAGUAGCCUUUUUAGCUGUUGAUUCUGCUUUACAUUAUUUCAAAAUCCCUGAAUCCACCAAAUCUUCAAAUCCAGAAAAAGACGAUGACAAUGAUGACGACGACGAUGAAGAUGAAGAUGAUGACAUUAACUCUCAACCUCAAAUGUUGGUUGUCUCUGAUUUAGAUGAACCCUUUUUACCUUGUCCUGAUGGAUUGUUGGUAAGAUUAGAUCAGUGUAGAAGCCAAAUUGAAACCUUGUUGGCCAAUUUAAAUGACAUGUUCCAUGAUAAUCUUAACCCCAAUUUUGCUUUAGGUCCUGCUUUAAAAGCUGCUCAUAAAUUAGUUCAACCAAUUGGUGGCAGAAUUCAAGUUUUAGGCUGCUCUUUACCAAGUCUUGGUGUUGGUAAAUUAAACGUUAGAGAAGAAGAAUCCGUUUCUGGAAAACCAAAAGAAGCUCAAACUUUAAUGUCUGCUGCAGAUUCAUUUUACAAAAGUUUUGCUGUGGAGUGCAACAAAUCUCAAGUUACUGUCGACAUGUUUUUAUGUUCUACAUCAUAUCAAGAUGUUGCAACUUUAGCCAACUUACCUCGUUAUACAGCUGGUCAAACCCAUUUCUAUCCUGCUUGGUCCGCUGCUAAAGAAGAAGACGUUAUCAAAUUAUCUAAAGAAUUCUCAAACCAUCUUUCAAUGGAUGUUGCUUUAGAAGCAGUAAUGAGAGUUAGAGGUUCAAAUGGAAUCAGAAUGGCUUCAUUCUAUGGUAAUUUCUUUAAUAGAUCCUCAGAUUUAUGUUCAUUUCCAAGUUUUCCCAGAGAUCAAGGUUAUUUAAUAGAAAUGUCCUUAGAAGACAAUAUCACAAAACCUUACAUUUGCUUACAAGCUGCAGUUUUACACACAACUGUUGGUGGACAAAGAAGAAUCAGAGUUUUGAAUUUAGCUAUUCCAACAACUACCAAUAUCGCUGAUGUAUUUGCAUCUGCAGACCAAUUGGCAAUUGCAAACUUCUAUGCCCAAAAAGCCGUUGAAAAGGUGUUUUCAAAUUCGUUUCAAGAUGCUAGAGAUUUAUUGAUGAAACAUAUGCUUGAAAUUUUACAAGUUUACAAAAAAGAAUGUGUAUCUAGAAAUGUCGGAUCUUCCUCACCUUUACAACUAUCUACAAACUUGAGAAUGUUGCCAUUAUUACUUCAUUCAAUGAUUAAACAUAUUGCAUUUAGAACUGGAAAGGUUCCAUCAGAUCACAGAGCUGCUGCACUAAAUUUCCUUGGAUCGGCUCCUCUUCCCAAAUUAAUUAAAAAUAUUUAUCCUUCAAUUUAUAGCUUACAUAACAUGGAAGAUGAAUGUGGGUUAGUUGAUGAAAAUACUGAAACAAUAAUUAUGCCAAAUUCUGUGAAUGCAACCGCUGUAACCUUAGAAAGAUUUGGAUUAUACUUAAUUGACAAUGCCUGUGAAUUAUUCUUGUGGGUUGGAGGUGAAGCUGUUCCACAGUUAAUCCAAGAUGUGUUUGGUAUUGAGGAUAUAUCGAAUAUUCCAGUUGGAAAAUGCGAAUUACCAGUUUUGAAUGAUUCUCCAUUUAAUCAAAGAAUUAGAAACAUUAUUCAAAGUAUAAGAGAUGAUCAUUCAGUCAUUACAUGGCAAAGUUUAUACGUUGUUAAAGGACCAUCGCCUUCAGAGCCAAUUGCACGUAGUAGGGAGGUUGCUGCUUUAAGAAUGUGGGCCUCAUCUGAAUUUGUUGAAGAUAAACAAUCAACUAUUAGUUAUAGAGAAUUCCUUGGUUCAUUUAGGGAAAAAAUUUCAAAUUAA